UCACGGCGCUCAUUGCGCAACGCUUGCGCAGCGCGGAUGGCUUGAUGCGCUGCGUCCUGUUCGAUUCAGCGCGCUGAUAUCAAACAUUGACGAAACGGGAAGAACAUGACAGAAACGAUGCGUCUCUUUGCUUCAUAAUAUUAGCGAACAUGGGCGACAGAAGCGAGAGGGGCCCGGUGAAGCACAAACGGAGAACCACGAUCUCCGGAGACGCGGCGGGAGCUCAGGCGAAGCGCGGCGGCGCAGCAGAGACGCUCAGCGGGCAGGUGAAGGAGAAAGAGCACAGACACGAAACACCAGCGAAUAAACACAAGAAUCACAGCGAUGCUGGAGGUGACGCGUUCAGCUGCCAUAAGCUGCAGGAGUCGCUGCUCAGCUCCAACAGCGGCUACAGCAACUACAGAGGAAUCCUCAACUGGUGUGUGGUCAUGCUGGUCUUGUCCAAUGCACGGCUGGUCCUGGAGAACCUUAUAAAAUAUGGGAUUCUGGUGGACCCUAUCCAGAUCAUCUCUCUCUUCCUGAAGGACCCGUACAGCUGGCCGGCUCUGUGCCUGAUCAUUGUUUCCAACGUCUUUAUAAUGGCAGCUUUGUACAUAGAGAGAAAGCUAUCCGUGGGCACUAUCUCAGAGGGUACAGGAACAUUCCUUCACUGCAUCAAUCUUGCAGCUCUUUCAUUUUUCCCGGCUGGUACAGUCCUCAGCUUGAACUCUAUGACCCCAGUGGGUGGUGUUGUGGCGUUGAGUGUCUCCACCAUUCUCUUCCUAAAGCUGUAUUCAUACAGAGACGUCAACAAAUGGUGCAGAGAGAUCAGACACGCCAAAGCCCGAACACUGUCUCGCUCGCACUCCUGCCCAUCCGUGCACAAAGCCAACGGCACAGCCGGAUACACACAUGUGACCUAUCCGGGAAACCUCACACACAGAGACAUGUAUUAUUUUAUUUUUGCCCCAACUCUGUGUUACGAGCUGAACUUCCCACGCUCUCCACGGAUACGGAAGCGUUUCUUACUACGCCGACUGCUUGAGAUGCUGUUUUUAAUGCAGUUAAUGAUUGGAUUAAUACAGCAGUGGAUGGUUCCAACAAUUCAGAACUCAAUGAAACCCUUUCAGGAAAUGGAUUUCACUAGAAUAGUUGAGCGGCUGCUGAAACUUGCUGUGCCCAAUCAUUUUAUCUGGCUCAUCUUUUUCUAUUGGUAUUUCCACUCCUCUAUGAACUUCAUAGCUGAGCUCAUGCAGUUCGGAGACCGCGAGUUUUACCGCGACUGGUGGAACUCUGAAACAAUUCCGUAUUUUUGGUCAAACUGGAACAUUCCUGUUCACAAGUGGUGCCUACGACACUUUUAUAAGCCCAUGUUGGUGAAAGGAGUAAAUAAGUUUGCAGCUCAGCUCGCCGUGUUCUUCCUGUCAGCGUUUUUCCAUGAGUAUUUAGUAAGUGUUCCUCUAAAGAUGUUUCGAUUCUGGGCGUUUUUGGGGAUGAUGGCACAGAUCCCGCUCGCCUAUUUUGUGGGUCGGUUCUUGAGAGGAAACUACGGCAACGCCGCCGUCUGGAUGUCGCUGAUCAUCGGCCAGCCGGUCGCCGUGCUCAUGUAUGUCCACGACUAUUACGUGCUGCAUUACGGGAGCGCGUCGGAGGGCGUUGAGGCAUGACGCAACCAUUCUGCAAUAACCGAGAUGUUGAAUGUAAACAAUGCAUAUAUUUUUAGAAGGGAAAUUUCGAUUUUUAAGACUUCAGCCUAAAUCAAAUAUGAUCAUUGGUCCGAAGGACUUGAGCAGGUGUGUUUUAUCACGUGCGAUCUAAUGUAAACACUGCCGAGCCAAAGCAGCACGUCAUUGCAAUGCCUUCUCACUGAUGUUUCAUACUUGACAUUUUCAUGAUCAAAGAGGCGUUUGUAUUUUUCCAAAUGCAUUUCAGAACGGAACUCAUCUGUGUCUGCAGUACAGUUUUAAUGUUUUUUACUCCUUGUGCUCUUGCUUUAGUUGUGUGAUUGAAUGAAUCUUUAGUUUUUGCACUUUAUUCAAAAAUGCAUGAUGCUUGUCAACUUUUAAAGGUUAAUUUAAAGAUGUGACUGCUUUUAUGUUGAUUUCAAUGCUUGUUGUCAAUUUUAGUUUCCAAGAAGAGACUUACAAAUACAUUGUAUCAGCAUUGUACAUGAAUAUGUGAAAUUGUUGAAGCCAAAAUUAUAUUUUGUGCCAUUUAAAUUGCCUGCAGUGUUAUUUAAAAGGGAUUUAAUGGGAUUCAAGCACCAAUCGGGCAAAAAAAGAUGUAAGAUAUCCUAGUGCACUCAGUUUUCUCACCUUUGAAAACCGUUUUAUGGUGUUUUUGACAACUAAAUGGAGAACCAUUUCCUCGGCCAUAUCCCUCUCAGUUCCUGUCAAACAUAUAUGGCGCUAAUUUAACCUUAACUAUAACCAAAUGGAGGAACGAUAUCGUUGCAAUCAUUUUCUAAACGUUUGCUGCUUGAUUUUGCAAAUUUGUGUCUCUUCCCAUAUUAUUUUUAAUGUAUUAUCUUAAUUAUGGACACAGUGGUUUGUAGUGCAAGCAGUUUUACCAUUUACAGCACGUUAUUCUUCUCGUUAGCGGUUAAUGAGCCGGAAGUCUCGUUGUUGAAGAGUAAGGUGGAUAGUUUUCAUCCAUAUUGUGAACGGUCCUUAACUCAUAAGUGCACAACGAAAUACACAUCACAACUAUAACAAGGGCGAACGACAUGGCUGAAAUCACAGACUUCAGACCUUUUUUCUCGUUAAGAUCAUCGUCAGCCAAUCAGAAUUCAUCCUGAGUUUAAACAGCGCGAACAUUUAAAACGGUAGAUGACGUUAUUGUCCGUUUGUGUGGAUACUAAUAUAUCGUUAUUGAUGUAAACGGACCUUUAUUAUAAACUUUAUCACUUUUUCAGAAUAAAUUUAAAUCAAUAGACUACUUAAAGAUUUUUAUAUACCACGUAAAGGACACCAAAUAAAAAGCGAGACUGUAAUUUUACCAAAUGUUUUACUUAAAACUUAGUAUCGGACCUUUGGGUGCAUCCUGUUGAUCAAAUAUUGUAAAUAAUUUUUAUAUAUUCUCAUAUAUUGUGAACUUCUUAUAUAAAAAAAUUUUUUUUUGCCGUCCUCCGACUGUCUGAUUGAAACAUUUCUGCUGCUGAGGUGCUUGGUCCCAUUAUUGAUGUUUUUGUUUUUAUUGAUGAUUUUAAUUAUUUAACUCAUAAUUUACCAUAGUUACGAUAAUACUGAGAUGUAAAUCGACGUUAUCCCAUUGUAGCUGCUGCAGUCGGGUGUGACAGCAGAUUUGUUUGAAGAGUUUUUGAAUUAAGUUUAAAGUACCUUUCUACAAAACAUUUGAGAGACUGAUUUAAUAACCAGCAGAUUUUUCCUUCGAAAGCCAAAGUUUGUAACUAGACUCAUUGUACGGUUUUGGCAGCUCACGUUCCAGUUUAAUAAAUCUUUAAAAACA